AUGGGAGAAACAACUUUUACUUUAGGUUCUGGUUUAACUGAAGAUCAGAUUGACCAAAUUGAAGAUUUUGAAAUAGCUAUGAAGUUACUUAAAGCGCGUAAAAGUGAUAUUGGCAACAUGGCUAUGACAUUAGACGAUGUUAAAGAUAUUUUAAAAUUAUGUAUUAACGGUGAAAGACGCAAGAAUAGCCAGCUUUCCACGGUCAUCAAUCAAUCAGUAAAAGCAUGCGAAGAAAAUAAGAUAGAGUUAAUGAGACUGACCAAUGCUUUCCAUGACGAUAUUGUAGCAUCGGUAGACGAGCUAAUGAGAGAAGAAUGGCAUGCAGCCAUGUUUAAUGUGGAUCAUAAACUACAGACCAUUUCUACUCAAUUGGCGGAUACUCGAUGUCGCUUACUAGUAGUAGGAGAAUCCGGUGCGGGAAAGAGCAGUUUUAUCAAUUUACUUCUUGGCUAUGAUAUCUUACCCAAUGGUUUCGAAUUCCCUACUACAUGCCCUUGUGAAUUGCAUUAUAGCACACGCCCUGCUAUACACUUAUAUACGGAUUGUCACGGUUCUUCAGAGCCCAUUAUUGUCCAAUUAGAUCAUAAUCUUGGAUUUUCUGAGCAAUUGAUCAAUUUUACAAGUUGCUGUGAUGAUCAAAAUAACUAUUAUCAAAGAGCAGAAAUUUUCUUACCUUUACCAAUUCUUAAGCACGGCUUAGUGAUUAUUGACACACCAGGAAUCGAUACGGGAGAAGAUACUAUUAAACAGUUAAUGAGCUAUUUACCUUUAAUUACUGGAGUUAUUUAUGUUACACGAUGUGAUGAUGAUAUUAAAUUACAAGAAAAUCAGUUUAUGGAUCUAUUAUCCAUCAUGUACUAUGAAUAUCAGAAGCUUUUCGAACGAUUAUCUCCCAAAUCUGUCAUAUUUAUAUGCACACACAAAGACUACAUGAUGCCGCAAGAAUCGAUAGAAGAUUUACAAAGUAAAAUUCGUGCAAAAAUGUUAACUUACUGGAGAGGAUGCACUGAAACGCAAAUCCAUUUCCUUUCAAUUACUAAAGCUAUCCAUUAUUUCCAUCUUGGCUAUAUUUCCGACGAAUUAUACUGUAUCAUUGGUGGUCUACAACGGCUAGUUAUAGAUGGUAUGAAUGACAAAGUGCUCAAGCAGGGCGAAACUUUGCAGAAUCUACUCGAUUCCAUCCUCUUUCGUUACCGUGUAAGACUACAAAAUUUCGACAAAAACCAUCACCAAAGAGAAGAAGAAAUUGAAAAUUUGUUAAAAAUUUUGGAUCAAUUAACUAUUGAAGUUGAAGAGAAAGAUGUCUUGAAAGAUACUAUGGACCUAAUGAAAGAGAAGCAGGAAACCAUCAUUCAUAAUAUCGUUAGCUUUCUGCAAUCACCGCAAGCCAAAGAACAGUUACUUCAAUGGUCUGAUAGUGAUCUGCCAUCCGGUGAAGGUAUGAAAAUAAUUGAUAGUAUUAUCCAAAAGAAAAUUAAUCGGCGUUAUAUAACCAUUGUUAAUGAAUGGGAGGAAAAAGAGCAAAUGUUUGCUCAAUUUCGCAGAGAACUUAUUGAACGAUUAGAGGAAAAAUUUGGUGCUAUUGCAAAUACAUUAGAUAAAUAUCGUAAUGAAGUAAUUGUUCAUUCCACGAUAACAAGUCAUGGUAAAGCAUCUUAUCCAUCCAAUACACUAUUUCAUCGUGCUUUUUCAACCAGCGAGAAAGUAGCCAUAGGAGUAACUUCACCAAUUUGGGUACCGGCAGGCUUGUUAGCAGCUGUCAUUGCAUUGCCCGUUAUGGGAUUUAAAUUUACACUUACAAGCUUAUCGGAAAGGCGUAAAAAGCAUAAAUAUAAUAAGGACAAGAUAAAAUAUGUCCAAGAAAUAGUAGAAGCAUCCCUUGAAUCUAUUACUGUGCCCGGCCGAUUGAAUUCAUUAGUGGAAGGGCAUAUUAAGCCAAUUAUUGAAUAUUAUACUAAAAUGAGCUCAGAAAUACCAGGUAUACUUAAAACCGAAAAAUCUUUAUUACAAAAAGAGUUAAAUCAUAUCCAUAAUAAUCAAUUCAUCUAUGAAGACACACUCGAUAUACUGCAAUUUGGCCAACAAUUAUUAGAGGACAUUGCUACCUUUAAGUAUACAAAAUUAAAACAGCAUCAAUUUUACAAAAUGGAAGAUAUACUCGAUUUAAAUUUGAAAAAUCCAAUUCUUCAGCAGGAGAAAAGUAGCAUGUACUUUAGUCGAUUAAAAAAAUGCGGGGGUGAAAUUAUUCCAAUAACAUUAAAUAUAACUAAUCAACCUGCCGACAACGACAUUAAUCAAGAUGAAGCAAAGUGUAUCCUUCAAGUUCUCAACACUGAAUCGAUCUUGAGAAAUUUAAAUCAUCGCAAUAUUAUUGCAUUUUAUGGUUUGGUAGUGGAUCCGGAGCGAAUACAAUCACCUUAUUUAGCCUUUGAACAGAUUAAAAUGACUCUGAGAAGUUAUUUCUUUGAUUAUAUGGCCAAUGUUCCAUCUUAUUAUGAUGAACAUGAUACGAAUAUGAUGGAAACCUAUCAUGUUGUCAUUCGCUAUGCAACUCAAAUCAUCUCGGCACUAGAUUAUAUGCAUACCUAUGGAUAUAUCUACAAGAAUUUAAACUUGGACACAAUUGCUCUAUCGCAUAGCAAUGAAAUUAAACUGUGUGAAUUUGGAUAUGUUACCACUUCUUCACAACCGGAAGACGAUGCAUCGUCUCACUUCUAUAUAGCGCCAGAAGUAUUGACCGGAAAACGAAUUUAUAAUGUCAAAGCAGAUACUUAUAGUUUUGCUAUGGUAAUGUAUGAGAUGUGGUACGGAAGUUAUGCUGAAGAAGCUAUGCCAGAGAAGGAGGACGAUAAGAAAGAGAUUGACGAGAAAAAUUAUAUCGAUGCGAUCACUCAAAGCAAGAGGCCUUCAUUGGAAUUUACACCACAACCGCCAAAAGCUUGGAUAGACUUAAUGGUUCAAUGUUGGUCUCUGAAUCCGGUUUCUCGUCCAACAACAGCGGACAUUCUGCUUUGUCUUUCAAAAUGUACAUAUAAAGAUUGUUGA